UUAAAGGUGAUAUAAUGCGAAACGCCAAGAACGAAGCAGGGGUAUACGAUUCAUCGCAUCAUAAGCAAGUAUAGUCUAUAUUUCAAUUAGGGCCGUGGGCUACACAUACAGAAAUCGCCCUGUUUACAAUGCGAUCAUGAAAGAUACAAGAAUUUGUUCCACGCAAGAGUUAUACGAAGAAGGAGCGGUGUAGUCUUGCCCACAACUAAAUCGACGAACUUUGCUAUUGUGCAGUUUGUCUGUCUGGCAUAUAACGACAUUUAGCUAACGUAUAUAUAAAUAAUAAAAUGGCAGCAACAAAACGAGUUGUUUUGAUAACAGGUAGUGCGACUGGUAUAGGUGCCGAAACUGCUAAAGGAUUUGCAAAGGAAGGAGCCUCAUUGUGCAUCACUGGGUUACCAUCCCAGAAAGAUGAAUUGGCAGAAGUUGCGAAAGUUUGCAAAGAAAAUGGAUCUCCGCAUGUAUUGGAAGUAGCAGCUGAUCUAAGAAAACAAGAAGAUAUGUAUUUGUUGAUGAAUGAAACGAUCAAGACGUUUGGACAACUUGAUGUCUUGGUUAACAACGCAGGAAUAACUGUGAACGGGGAUCUGGAUCAGUACACCAGUGAGGACUUUGACAAAAUAUUCAGCGUUAAUGUUAAAGCGCCGACUUAUCUAACCAAGCUUGCUAAGCCUCAUCUCAGCAAAACUAAAGGUAAUAUCGUCAACAUGUGUAGCGUGGUGAGAGAAUGUCAUAUAAAGAAUUGUCUUCUGUAUGGAAUGGCUAAAGCAUCCCUGGCUUAUUUAACUAAAAGUACAGCCGCUGAUUUCGCUGAGAACGGAAUAAGAUGCAAUGCCGUUAGCCCAGGAUGUAUUUACGGUACAGAUAUACUCAAAGGAAUUCUAUCUGAUGAGUUUAAACAACAAUACUUUGAUUCGUGCAUAACAAAACUACGAGGUCGUCUGGCAACCAAGAGUGAUGUUUCAGACCUCAUAAGGUUCCUUGCUUCAGAUAAGGCGACCAUGAUCACCGGAGAAAUAAUCACUAUUGACGGAGGAAAGGUGCUUUCCCUGAAAAGUUAAGAAACCAAGCGCGAUUUAAAUGAAUACAACGAUUUAAAAUUUA